UACCCCGUAUCUGUGGAUGACAUCGCCCAGAGAGAGUUUAUGGGCUCCAAAGUAUCAGUCCAAACAGUCAAAGAAGGGGCAAUAAAAUCUAGAGGUCUUUGCUAUUUUUGAUGGUGUAAUAAUUGUUGCAUAACAUUUUUUUUGUCAGAUUAAAGACCAAGAUAGGUUUCUUCAGACUGGUUCAAAUGGAACCACUGUUGAACCUCUCCAAGGAUGCAGAUGCAGUGCACUAUCAGUAUUUGGUUUGUGAACAAUGAAACUCUCUGGCUAUGAAUCAACAUUGCACUACUCCUGGGGGGGUGGGGAAGGCAAAUAUCUGGUAGAAAGGUGAUGAGGAAGAUCUGAGGCUUGGGCAGACAGCUACUGGAAGGUGAUACCUGGAGUCUGAGUUUGUGAACAUGCCUUCAUACAUCAAGGGCUUGGAAUCUACUCUGAUUGGAAUGCAAAGAUGGGGUUCCUGAUACCUGCCAAUCACCUAAAGAGGGCUCAAAUCGGUGUGUAGAAUCUGAAAGCGUAGCCAUUGUUGAUGAAACUAAGGGCAUGAAGGACAAGCCGGAGGCCAGAGCCAGUUGAACAGAGGCCAAGACAGAGGAAAGGACUUCAGCCUGAGAAAUGUCUAGUCUCAACUGGCAGCCCUUUGUUUAUGGUGGUUUGGCCUCUAUCACUGCAGAGUGUGGUACUUUUCCCAUCGACUUGACCAAAACUCGCUUGCAAGUUCAGGGUCAAGUGAGUGACUCUAACUUCAGAGAAAUCAGGUACAGGGGAAUGGUUCAUGCACUUGUCAGGAUAUGCAGAGAAGAAGGUUUAACAGCUCUGUAUUCUGGGAUAGCCCCAGCUAUGCUCCGCCAAGCCUCAUAUGGUACUAUAAAGAUGGGUACGUACCAGACCCUGAAACGUCUGUCUAGGGAUCAGCCUGAAGAUGAGACUUUGAUCACUAAUAUGUGUUGCGGGAUUCUCUCUGGAGUAAUCUCAUCCACUAUUGCCAAUCCUACUGAUGUACUGAAGAUCAGAAUGCAAGCUCAAAGCAACCUGGUGAAUGGAGGUAUGAUUGGAAAUUUCAUUUCCAUUUACCAACAAGAAGGAACUCGAGGACUGUGGCGGGGGGUCUUCCUUACUGCUCAGAGAGCAGCUAUUGUUGCUGGAGUGGAGUUGCCAGUGUACGAUCUCACCAAGAAGAACCUAAUCUUGUCAGGAAUGAUGGGAGACACCAUCCACUCGCAUCUUGUCUCCAGUUUUGUUUGUGGUAUGGUGGGAGCAGUUGCCUCUAAUCCAGUUGAUGUUGUGAGAACGAGAAUGAUGAACCAGAGAGUCAUAAAGGGUCAAAGUCACUUGAUAUACAAGGGUACAGUGGACUGCAUAUUAAAGACCUGGAAGUAUGAAGGGCUCUUGGCGUUAUAUAAAGGAUUCUGGCCAAAUUGGUUAAGACUAGGACCGUGGAACAUCAUUUUCUUUGUAACGUAUGAACAGCUGAGGAACAUUGAUAUUUAAUGUACUGUCCAGCAGCUUAUUGCUUUGCGUGUGUGGCCUCUAAACACAAUUCAUGCCUUUGGUGCUUCAGUUCCUCCAGCACAUUGGAACAGGUCAAUGGAAGUAAACAAAUGCCAAUUUCUCUUGUUUUGUUCUGGUAAAUUAUCUUGUACAAAUUUGCAGUCACUUUUCUGUUUGUACAGAUGGCAUUCUAUCACUGUGUAUGGUGCAGGACAUUAUUGAUUUUAUUCUCUUACCGUCUGAAAAGAUGGAUCACGUUCUUUAUUUACGAAGGUUCAUGUAAGUUUUUUAAUGCAUAGAUGUAGAGGACAUUGAAUGUAAAAUGCCUUAAUGACUAGGAAAGAGUCAACAAACCAGGAGAUCAAUAUGGUAAAUAGUGAAAAAUAAAUUUUUCCUAUUUUUAAAAUCAACUUAAGUAGUGAUA